AUUACUACGAAGCAACCCUGUCUACUGUCACCGCAUUAAAAAUCUAGAUUACUUUUUGUAUUGCAUAAAAGAUGGCGUCCAAAGAAGAUAACGUUUCUGGUGAAAAUCCAGUUCGGCGAACGAGAUCAGGCAGAAAAGUUGUAGCUCCUCCAGCAGUUCCAACUCCAGUACGCUCCACUAGAAGGACAAAACGAGGUGCACCUGAACAGGUUACAGAAACAGACGAGGACGAAGUCCAGCAUAUACCUACAGAAAAGGAGACGAUAAACACACUCGAAAAUCAAUCAGACGUUAUUAAAGAAAUGUUAGAAGAGGCAGCGCAAGGUGUUAUUAUUGACAUCCCGGACGAUGACGAUGUUAUAAUUUAUGAAGAGGAAAUUAUAGAAUCGGAACAAAUAGUCGACGAUGAUUGCAUUGUGUAUGAAGAACAAUUGGGUGAAGAAGAACAAUUGCCGGAAGAAGAACAAUUGCCGGAAGAAGAACAAUUGGCGGAGGACGAGCAAUUGGCGGAGGAAGAACAACAACCGAUCGAAGAAGAUGUUGAAAUGUUCACUGUGCCAGAAGAAGAGCAAGUGAACACAGAAGUGCCCGUUAUAUCAGAAACAGGACUCGACGAGAAAAGUUCCUCGUUUCCAUUUGGGCCGACAGGCGGCCAGUCCGAAACAUCAGAAGAUGUACACAACGAAGAAGGUACGGCUGAGACUGGAGUGGUAGAAAGUUCUUUAUUAGCUUCUCUGGCAGGAGACAAUGCCAAUAGUUUACCCUCGGUAGGAGGUGGUGAAGAAAAUGAUGUUAAGAAGGAUGACUUUGAAGCAAAAGUAACGCCAGAAUUGCCAAAUUGCGAAAAAAUGGAAUCGGACGAUUCGCUAUCCGAACCAGCCAUUGCAGAAGACCUUGGCACUGGGGCCGAUGCAAGCAAUGCUACUAUUGUAAACACGGAAUUAGUUUCAGAAGACGAACUCCCUUUACCAACAAAACCCGAAAUAAAUGAUGCAGAAGAGGUCUCAGAUGAUGAGCUCCCAGCACCACAACGUGCUGAAUUGCCUGCAGAUGCUGAAGUUAUAUCUGAGGAUGAAUUGCCUACUGCAACAGGUCAAGCAGAGAAGAAAUCACCACCUUCAUCCCCGAAAACUCCCAUCAAAAGUAAUUCUUCACAAUCGGUUUCUUCUAAGGAACCUGUUGGUCAAAAACGCAAAGCUGAUGAUGCCGACAAGAUCGAUUCGAAUCAUGAAAAACAACGUAAGGUGGAGGACUCGAAGAAAAAAAGCGAUGAACAAUACAAUCCAAUGAGUCCAACAUCAGAGAGUAAUGAUGGAUCGCCCACUAUAACAGUAGAAAAGAAAACUAAAGCGGAUAGCUCCGGGGAGAGUGAACACAAAGAGAGAAAGAGGGAGAAAGAUAAGGAGCGCGAACGCGAAAAAGAGAAGGAAAGAGAAAAGGAGAAAGAAAAGGAUAAGGAAAAAGAAAAAGAAAAGGAACGCAAACGAUUGCCUGACUUAGAUAAAUACUGGCGUGCAGUGAAAGAAGAUCCCGCAGAUUUCACUGGUUGGACAUAUUUGCUGCAAUAUGUUGACAACGAGUCUGAUCCCGAGGCCGCACGUGAGGCUUAUGAUGCAUUCCUAUCGCACUAUCCAUAUUGCUAUGGCUAUUGGCGCAAGUAUGCUGACUAUGAAAAGCGCAAGGGUAUUAAGGCCAAUUGCAACGCGGUAUUUGAACGUGGACUUGAAGCGAUCCCCUUGUCUGUGGAUCUGUGGAUCCAUUAUCUAGCACAUGUAAAGGGAAACCAUGCAGAGGAUGAAUCAUAUAUUCGUUCACAGUUUGAACGUGCUGUAGACGCCUGCGGUCUGGAGUUCCGCUCUGAUAAGCUCUGGGAUGCCUACAUUAAAUGGGAAAGUGAAUCGAAGCAUUACCAAAAUGUUGUAAAGAUCUACGAUCGUUUAUUAGCCAUUCCGACUCAAGGCUACAGUGGACAUUUUGAUAAUUUCCAAGACUUGAUAAAUCAACACUCCAUUGUGAGCACUAUAACCGCUGAAGAACUGCGGAAAGUUCGCACUGAACUUCGUGAAAGCAAUGCAUCCCGUUCUUCAUCGUCUCGUUCUAAGAGUCGACGAAGCGGUUCCAGAGACAAGGAAAAAGAAAAGGAACGUGAAAACCGUGACGUGAAGAAAGACGAUGAACCGGGCAGCAAAUCGCCAAAUGCCAAAGAUGCUGAAACUAAUCAGGAGGAAACACCGGUCCCAUCUAAUAUCGAAUCAAUCGAAGUUGACCAUGAGACAGACGACGCUGCAACUUCCGCCGAAAAAGUCAGCCAGGAGGAGGAUCUCGCUGAUGUAAGCAGUCUUACUGAAGAGGAGGAAACAGCCAUUAAAGACAAAAUUAUUUCGAUUCGUCGAAAAUUACAUAAAUCAACCGUUGCUGCAGUGACUGCUCGGUGGACUUUUGAAGAAGGCAUAAAACGCCCCUAUUUCCAUGUGAAGCCACUCGAACGCUGCCAGCUGAAGAAUUGGAAAGACUAUCUCGAUUUUGAAAUCGAAAAAGGCGAUCGCACCCGCAUCUUGGUGCUCUUCGAACGUUGUCUAAUCGCGUGUGCUUUGUAUGACGAAUUCUGGCUAAAAAUGAUACGUUAUCUUGAGACCCAGUUAGACCAGCCUGGUAUCGCAGCUAUUACCAGUGAUGUUUACCGUCGCGCCUGCGAAAUCCAUCACCCCGACAAACCUAGUCUUCAUCUAAUGUGGGCGGCAUUUGAAGAGUGUCAAAACGAUUUUGAUCGCGCCGCCGCAGUUUUGGAAAAUCUUGAAAAGAAAUGUCCAAAUCUACUGCAGGUCGCAUACAGACGCAUUAACGUGGAACGUCGUCGUGGCGACAUGAAUAAAUGUCGUGAACUGUAUGAACACUAUAUAAAUACUGCAAAGAAUAAAACAAUCGCUGGCAGUUUAGCGAUCAAGUAUGCCCGAUUUUUGAAUAAGAUCUGCGAUGAUCUGGAGGGUGGACUGCGUGUGCUGCGACAGGCACUAGACAAAGAUGCUGCGAAUACACGCGUGGCAUUGCAAAUGAUAGAUCUGGUUUUGCAGCGCCCAAAGGUGGACGAGGAUGAGGUUGUGCUAAUUAUGGAUAAAUUUAUGGCACGUGAAAAUAUGGAUCCCGAACAGAAAGUACUAUUUGCACAGCGCAAAGUUGAGUUUUUGGAAGAUUUUGGUAGCACAGCGAAGGGCUUGCAAGACGCGCAGAGGGCACUACAAGUAGCACUAAGUAAAGCAACUGAAGCUAAGAAGAAGCGCGAAUCGAGUCCUUCGCGGAAAUCCUCUUCGAGCAGCAAAGAAUUGUCAAUGUCGAAUUCUGCUGCUUCAUCAGCAUACAAUAAUGGCGUCACCGCUACCGCUUCGGGUUAUAAUUAUAAUUCGGCAAAUUCAGCUUAUUAUGGUCAACAAAACAGUGGCGCCUACACAGCACAGCAAUCAUAUGAUGGCUACUAUAACCAUUGGCAGUAUGGUUCUAGUUAUGGCAAUUACGGACAAUGGAGCGGAUAUGGAAACUACUAUUAAAUCGAGUGCAAGCGUGAAGAAUUCCUUUUAUAUCCCAUAUUAUCAAUCUCCGCACCUAUCAUCACCAAAUUGAUUAUUAAAAAUAAACAAACAAAUUAAUUUAACUUUUUAUUAGUACUAAUGCAAUAUGAAUCAAGAUGUGUACAUUUUUAAGAUUUUCUGUUGACCAAGAAAAAUACAAUAUACAUUUUAUAAAAUAUAUUCUUGUAUGCAAUGCAUCUGCAAUGCUACAUACAUA